GUUACGAAACAAGUGCAUUACGCAACCAGGUCGUUGGUGCGAUCGCCGAAAAGCGCCUAGAAAUGGCUCCUGAACUUACGGAAGUGCUCUUCUCGCUCCUAGUGAGCUACGUAGGAGCACUGGAGCUUAUUUUUGUUGUAAAGCACCUUUACCAUUGGAUAUACCAGCACCAGCGACACCUGCUUCAAGGUGGCUCAGAUGGUGAGACCAUUGAGGAAAUGCAAGAGCGGAUAAAGGCAGCAAUAGAAGAGGCAAAAUUAUUGGAGUUUGGAGACUACAAGGCUAUGGUUGAUGGGGUACUAUACAAAGAUGGCUUCCGGGUUGAUCCUGAGACGAUCGAUAUACAGAAAGAGCGAGAAAUGGAAAAAAUGAAGAGGCAGGUUAUUGGUGGUGCAGAAAACAAUUUAGAAGAACAUCUUGAGGAGGUUCAUGAGGAACCUUGUGUUAAAGUAGUGAUACCCCCGAAAGAAAAAACCCCAGCUGCUAGGUUGCCGACCCCUGACGCAUCUACACCGAGUAUAACAGACGCACAAACGAGCAACACGCUUUCAGAAAAACAGAUCGCCAGAGAAAGGGCUUCUCGUUCCCCUGCUGGUGAAAUUCAGACUGUCAAUUAUUCAGAGUCUGAGCGUCAGGCUCCCGACGGAGAGGACCAUGUACCUGUCGAACAAUAUUCUGAAGAUUACCUCAGAUCCCUGGAUGGCAUCAAACACCGUCCCUUGGUCCGGGAUGACGGAACAAGUCACCGUCGAGCAUUCAAGAAACGUCGUUCCAGCGAUGAUUCGAUUUCUUCAAUUGAUUCCCGAAAAUCUCGCGAGGAGGAAGUCCAAAUGUUCACAUCACUUGAAGAAGAGGAAUUCGAAAAAAUGAAGAGAAAUGACGGAGACUACGUUCCGAUACGAUAUUCCAACGAUGCUUCAAUCAAAAGCGGAAAGCACCAGAAGCGGAGUAAAAAGAGUCCUAUCAAAGACAUAUCCCACAAUGAGAGUAAUAAAGGAUCCUUUGGGGAGCUGAAUGAUGAAGGCGAUCCGUGGGGAGAAGUGAAACCCGAACAUUAUAAGAAUUCGCAAUUCUGGCAACGAGAAAAGGCUAUUUCAAUUGAGGAGGAGAGAGAUGAAGAAGAAGCAAAUCUUUGGGAAAAGACGAGAAGCGAAUUGGCCCCUAGUCCAAAGGAACACCUUGAAGCGGGCAAAAAUGUAACAAAAGAUUCGUCUUUUGAAGAGGCUACCAGCACACAACAUAAGGAAGCUAUUGAAAGUCUUCAGAAACAUGGCUCUGCACAUUCAGAGCCAAGAGGCAUGGGAGGAAAUAGUGACCAUAGAAAUCUAAUUUUCAGCGGUGAGUACACAAAGGCCAUGUCGAAGGAUUGGCACUCGGGCCACUUUUGCUGCUGGCAGUGCGACGAGAGCUUAACCGGACAACGCUAUGUCAUCCGAGAUGACCAUCCUUACUGCAUUAAGUGCUAUGAAAACGUUUUUGCAAACUCAUGCGAGGAGUGUAACAAGAUCAUUGGAAUUGAUUCAAAGGAUCUUUCCUACAAGGAUAAGCACUGGCACGAGGCCUGCUUCCUUUGCAACAAGUGCCGGGUAUCAUUAGUUGAUAAGCAGUUUGGUGCUAAGGCCGAGAAGAUUUAUUGCGGAAACUGCUACGAUGCCCAAUUCGCAUCGCGUUGUGAUGGCUGCGGCGAGGUCUUCCGCGCUGGCACAAAGAAGAUGGAAUACAAGACAAGGCAAUGGCACGAGAAGUGCUUCUGCUGCUGCGUAUGCAAGACGCCAAUCGGCACCAAGUCCUUCAUCCCCCGCGAGCAAGAGAUUUACUGCGCCGGAUGCUACGAGGAGAAGUUUGCAACGCGCUGCAUUAAGUGCAACAAGAUUAUUACGAGUGGCGGAGUCACCUACAAGAAUGAGCCAUGGCAUCGUGAAUGCUUCACUUGCACCAAUUGUGCCUGUACUUUAGCGGGACAACGAUUCACUAGUCGCGACGACAAGCCAUAUUGUGCCGAUUGCUUUGGAGAACUUUUCGCGAAGAGAUGCACCUCGUGUGCCAAACCGAUUACAGGUAUUGGUGGCACCCGAUUCAUCUCGUUCGAGGAUCGCCAUUGGCAUCACGACUGCUUCAUUUGUGCCAGUUGUAAAACAUCCUUGGUUGGACGCGGUUUCAUCACGGACGGACCCGAUAUCAUUUGCCCCGAGUGCGCCAAGCAGAGGAUGAUGUAAUAUGCAAGUAUCACACGUAUCAGAGACGUCCUGGCGCCAGAAGAUUAUUACGACGACGAAUUCAACGAUUCAAUCCAAGCUUAGAGAUCCUUUGAAUUAUUGAGAAUAAAUUUUGAAUAGAUGAAAACAAAUUCUAGCGAGUAGACGUGGAGAAAGCAAGUAAAUGAGCAACUAUGAAAAUGUACUAUAUCAAUAUCCUUAUUUGAAAUGCUAAAUCUACCAUGAGACGUUAUAUAGAGAUCACAGAGAAUAUUUUACUACUUUUUACUUGGAGGUUACAAGGAGAACAAUGAAUGAGAAGUGCUACUUAAAGAUACCAAUUAAUAUAUUUUACAAGCAAAGAAAGUAAUAAAUUGAGAGCAAAAUUUUACAAAAAAAUCGACGAUUAAGAAACGUAGAGAGUUGACCUUGGACGACCACACGCUUGUUGUCUGACGAAUAUUUAUAUAAAUUAUGUGUAUAUGUUACAUUUCUUGUUAAUUGUAUUAAUUUUUUAAAAACAUGUUUAUUGUAUUCUUUAAUCAGCAAGGCAAACGUUAUUUAUAGUGAUGAGGUUGAUAUUCGAUUAGAUGUUUGUUCAGUUGUGUAUGCAGUUUGUUCCUUCUAAAAAUAAUGUUUGUUGGUCUUAACUUUGUAAUUAGGUACUGCGAACUUCAUUCAUUUCUCAAAAUGUCUUAAGUAUGCUUUUACUGUAUACAGUUCGUAAUUUUUAGUUUCUAAUCCAAAUUAGAUGUAAUCAAUAAUGUUGAAAUGACAAUUUCAUGAAAACGAAACAAAAACAAAUAAUUUUUAACCUUGUUACUCUCCUCAAAUGAUUCUUCCCUAAUAUUCUUAUGAAAAUUAAUUUUGUUUAUAUAUUAUUUCUAAUUUGAACUACAAUAAAAGUUAUGUUACUCGGUAA